UGGCGGCCAGGAUUCCUGUCGCUCCCUCUCCCCCAGGGGGCGCCCCCAGCGGGCCCUGGAGCAGGCGGAAGCAGAGGGGGCGCCAAGUUAGCGGCCGGGAGAGGAGGCCAUGGACGUGCGGGUCGGGGCGCUGCUGCUGGCGCAGCUGUUGGUGGGAGUCGAACUCGGGAGGCGGGAGUUGAAGGAUCAGGACGUGCUGUUUCCAGGUUUCGAGAACUCGUCGGUGCUCACAUGGCCCUGUGGCCAACGGAACGUCCCGACACGCGUGGUGGGUGGAAAGGACUCGGUGCGCGGGCGCUGGCCGUGGAUGGGCAGCCUGCGCCUAUGGGGUUCCCAUCACUGCGGAGCGAGCCUGCUCAGCCGCCGCUGGGUGCUCUCGGCCGCGCACUGCUUCCAAACGAACAAGGAUCCCUAUGAGUGGACGGUCCAGUUUGGGGAGCUGUCUGCCGCGCCAUCUAUCUGGAACCUGCAGGCCUACUAUAACCGGUAUCAGGUGGAGGAGAUCGUUUUGAGUCCCUCGUAUCUGGGGCCUACAGCCUACGACAUCGCCAUGCUGAAGCUCUCCUCCUCCGUCACCUACAAUAAGUACAUCCGGCCCAUCUGUGUCCUGGCCUCCUCUGCCGAGUUCCAGAACCGGACUGACUGCUGGGUGACCGGCUGGGGGGACAUCCAAGAAGAACACAGCGACCCCGGACGCAUCCUGGGACGAGCCGGUGCCCGAGACCAGGGAGAAAGCGAGCCCCAGGGGACCCUCAACACUCCGCACGGGGUCAUCACAGGUGCCGACACAGGCAAACAUGGUUGA